CUUUCUGAUGCUCAGUCUGAAAGUCUGCUUUGCAGAGGCAAGAACCGGGAUUAGAUUUAGCACAGGGUUUCUGCUCCGGAUAUUUACUGACCUCAUAUAUGGAAAAAUACAUUCCCCCCCAUUUGGGACCUGGACAACGGGACUGGACUCAGUUUAAUAGGAUCUAAUUGCUUUUUUUUUUUUUUUUUUUACCUAUGUUUUAUAAAACAUUUAAUUGCCAGAAAUAGUGACAGUUUGAAUGAAGGUUUACAGUGGAUGGGGUCUUUAUCCGGUGAAGAUAAUUUUCUGAUGCCAAUUUUUAAGCUUUCACCUCCAGUAUUUCAUUAAAAGCCUUUGGUUUGGUUUUAGGGGUCAUAAAACUAUUUGUUUUCCAUCAUUGUUAGGAUAUUUAUUUUACAGAGUACUAACAUUUUAUAUGUAAGAUUUUGUCCCUCCUUUUGUCAUCAUUGACAAUGUUUGAUAUCAGAAGGAGCAGCAGCAGGAGCAUGUCUCUCUGGUGCUUUUUAUCACUGCUGACACUUUGUUUGGCUCCUGGGAGUCAGGGCCAAAGUGUGAGGGAGCAGACAGCCGCUGAAAGUCAGCUGGGUGAGAGUGAUGCUAUCUGCCACCAGAGGGGAUGCCACGCCGUCUUCUUCCAAAAGAAGAACUUCAGGGAGGCAAGGCAGACCUGCAUGGAUGGAAAUGGGACUCUAGUGACGAUGCAGACUCAGGAAGCUGCAGGUUUUGUCCAUAAACUGCUGUCAUCGGCUGGUGUUCAAGGUUCUGGGACUCUUCGCCUUUGGAUUGGACUGCACCGUGCUCCACGCCAGUGUUCAUCCACAAAACCACUAAGAGGAUUCACCUGGGUUGCAGGAAACCAGGAUGGCUCAUUCACCAACUGGAACCGUAAAAUAAUGCCCAACACUUGUGCAGUCCAUCGUUGCGUAGCCAUGACUGUGCAUACGUCCGAGAAUGGAGGAGAGAGUGGCGAGAAUUUCCGUUGGAUCGAGGGUCCCUGUCUUCUUAAACUGGAUGGAUUUAUAUGCCAGUACACUUACAGGGGAAUGUGUCCCCCCGUGGAGGAUGAGGGUUGGGGUCCGGCAGUUUAUGAAACCCCAUUUCAUUUCAAAAGCACCCAACUGACCCAUUUGCCCUACGGGUCUGUAGUUGAUCUGUCAUGUCCUCCAGAAAGCUCAGAGCUAGGUGCACCCUCUAGAGAAUCCAUGCUGUGUAUUGAGAGGGAUGACGGCAGAGUAAGCUGGUCCAAAGAUCCACCUUUUUGUUCACCCAGUGCAACUAAACCGUAUCAGGACUGGUGCAGCAAUAACCAUAAUUGUGAGCAGCACUGUCAGAGCACACACAACUAUUACUACUGCUACUGCUCUGAUGGCUACACAUUGGAUAAGGAUGGAACGAGCUGCAUCCCAGACAAAUGGAGCCAAACGAACUCACCUGUGCUGUCAGACUCCGCCUUUGCCACAGAGCAGCCCCACGUCAAUCGGAUUUGUGUAGAUAUGGGUUGUGAGUACGACUGCUCAAUAACAGCUAGGAACACCCGGUGCACCUGCCCCCCGGGCUACCAAAUAGCUUCAGAUGGACGCAAGUGUUUGGAUGUGGAUGAAUGCCGACAAGGGCCGUGUCCCCAACUCUGUGUCAACACUCCAGGAACGUUUCACUGCACAUGUUUUCCAGGAUACCAGCCAGACAGUUCAGACGAAUGUGUUGACAUAGACGAGUGCCGCGAUGAAGGCACCUGUGAGUUCGCCUGUGAAAACGUUGAGGGCUCCUACCUCUGUCUUUGUAAUCCAGGAUUUGAGUCAAAUAGCAAUGGCGAAUGUAUAGAUUUAGAUGAAUGUCAGCAUUCAACCUGUGACCAACAUUGCAUUAACUUGCAUGGUUCCUUCAAAUGCGACUGUGACAGUGGCUUUGAGCUGAAGGAAGACGGAAUUACCUGCCAACCUUCCAGUUACGAUGGAGAAUAUUCUACUAUGACCCCUGACCCAAGUCUCUAUGAUGAUCCAGAUUUUUACUGGGCCACUCAGGAUCCAUAUUUUAAAGGUGAUGGCAACUUUAACAUUGAUUCAUUGACAGAUGCCCCUCAAGUACUCACCCCUGAUAUGGCUCAUCAGUCAGAUAACCACCUCAGCCAAUGGGAGGAGUCUUUACCAGAACAAUAUCAGACAGUUCCAUCCCCAACCCAAAUAACGAGAACAGGAAACCAUAUUGAUGAUGAUGUUCACCCUGGAGGUGGCGAAAACAACAACCGGAUGACACCUAAAAAGGCCGAUAUUUCACCCAGUGAGACUGAAGAGGCUGAGACACCUAAGAUAGAGAGUACAGAUCAAACAAACACGACAGCGGAUAGCUCCUCUGGUGGGAAACGCAAACAUGACAAGAGUUGGCUGCUUGUGGCUCUGCUGGUCCCUCUGUGUGUGUUCCUGGUCGUGAUGCUUGCUUUGGGAAUCGUCUACCUCACCAGUUGUGCAGUAGACAAGAGUCUCAGCUUUGCGGACUGCUAUCGCUGGGUGCUCCCUGCAACGCCGCCUGAGAGGAGGGAAGGCAAAACACAUGCAUGAACUUUAUCCUUAAGAAUACAACAAAACUAUUUCUUUACUUGUUUUUUUUAACAUUAUUCUUUCUGGUGACAAGAUUGCUCACUUAAUGUACAAUUUCAAUUUUGUACCAAGGACUGACUCAAAUACUUUCUGUUGCACAGCUUUUGUAAAU